AUGAGUAUACCUGCCCACGCCGAAUAUCGCCGUAAGGUAUCACUAACGCAUAAUUUUUCAAGACGUUUGUCGUUUUCUCAAAGGUGCUCAACGCCAUUGAAACUUUGACGGAAACAGUGACCCGCGAACAACUGGUCAAGUGGGUUAGCCGUGAUGAUGGUAAUAUUUCGAUCCCGACUACAUCUAUUCAGCUGCCCUACUUUCACGUUGCUUCCUGGGACGAACUAAUCGAGGAACGCUCUCUUGGCAACUCUUGCGGCUAUCCACUCUGUGCGAGGCCGUCGCGGCCCCUUCAAAAGCAACGGUACCAUAUUGACCGCCAGAGCAAGAAGGUUUUUUUCCACGCCGUUCGUCCGCAGUUGAUUUCUUAUCUCAGAUUUACGAAACGUGUCGUGAUCGCGACAAAUUUUGUAGUGAUGAAUGUUUCGAUUUGUCUGCCAUGCUUCGUGAACAACUUUUUGAUGAGCCAUUGUGGAUGACGGGCGAAAUUCCCGAGCGAAUGAGUGAAGAUUCUUCUUUCUCUCUUCACAAGUUCAAGUUCCAAUGAAGAUAGGUACUUCAAAGUGAGCGAGAACACUGGAGCUUACAUGGUGAACAACUCGCGUCCCAUCAUCGCAGUCAAGCCGCAGAGGUUACCAACUCGAGGAGUUGAAGUUGUAGAAGAAAAGGUUUUUUAUCCGACGCAUCAUAAUUUUGAAGCUUUCUCUUACCCUUGUAAAUCCAGAUAGCAUUAGGAGGGUAUCUGAGUGCACAAGAAUAGUAUUGAAAUACCUCUUUCUUUUUUUUUUGAAGUUGAAAUACUAUAUGAAUAAUUUGCGAAGAUAAAGGGAACGCUACUAUUUGCAGUUCGUGGCAAAAAUGAGUGACCUGCGCGUCUGUGAAAAAGACGCAGGUUCUGACGAAGAUGCUGAAGAAGAAGAUGACAUGCCUCAUGUCGAUGAGUACGAAAAGUGCCCGGUCAGUUCAUUUUUGUCUCUGGCCAAAAUUCAUGAAGAUGCACUUCAGUUUCAAACCCAUUUCAUGAUUUUUUUUUUGUUAAAAACCAUUUAAGAAAUAGUUCAUCUUUAUUUAUAAAUGUGAAGUGGUGAAAGCAGUUUGAAACUGAAAGUGCCUUGACAUAUAGUGAAAAAUUUGUUAAAAAAAGGGUCGGGUCAUUUUUCUUCAUUCCUUUCCAUAGUUUAAAAAUUGCUCUUGAACACGCGCUUCAAGACCUUACAGCCCAUUUCGCGCCCGUGGGUCCCGUUUUGUCCUGCAAACAAAAUUGUAUACAGCAUUAGUCUGAAUUCGACUGAACUUCGCUUCAAGACCUUACUUCUUGUUGUCUUUUUUGCAGUUUUUUAGAGGCAAAUUAAAAAAAAACAACCGUUCUUUUUUUGUAUUUUUUCUGCAGUGCCUUUAAAAGUGGCCGUCUCGCGCGGUCCACUGUAUUACACGGCGUUCCCAAACGGGGUGGGGAAACGUCAAAAAAAUUAUGGCGUGAUUAUUUAAAUCUUCAGUACGUAGCCAAAGGCGAUCGAACAAAAAAGUUAUUAAUUUUUUUAGGACGACGAUAUUUUUCUUGAUGCUGUACAGCGCUUCGUAACUUCAAAGCGCACAAAUUGUCUUCCAAAAGAGGUAGUUUCGCAUACAAUUGUUUUUCCCAAUUUAUUUGCACUUUCAGGAAAAGGGUGAAUCGCCGAGUGAAAAAGUACCACCGCCUCCCAGACGGGUUGAAAACGAAGAGGAAAAGCUGGCCAGGCUGAGGUUUGCUUUUGUUUCUAUAUUUCAAGGUUGAUGGACGCUUUAAGGAAAAAGUAUAGUGUGAAAGAUGGAAAAGUGAGAGGUCCACCAAUAGUCGAGCCGCGGGCAUUGAUCGAACGAAACGGCGGUGGAAGCACAACAAGAGCCAAAGAAACCACAAAAGCACUUGGGAGCUGUGAAUUUGAAAAAAAAUCGAAUAGAAGUGUCGUCGAUUUCGCCAAAGAUGUUUUGAAGUUGGUUUCGGAUCUAUAUUCUGUCCAGUUGUAAAAUCUCGAACAGCCAAAACGCCCCCGGAUAUAGUACAUUUUCGCGUAAAUUAAUAGUCAGUGUUGAUUAUUAAUCAUGUAGUUCGGUGAUCCUUCAAUAGUGUUAAAUUUUGGUCUUAUUUUUUUUCUUCUAAUCAACUUAUUGAAAAAAAAGUCAAACAAUGUCAUACAUGGGAUAGGCAUGAAUGGCGACAGCCAAGUCUCCCAAUCCCUUACCCCCACUCAAAGCCUUUCGAUUUUUUUUUCCAUAAGAUCGGACAAGCGCCGUUCAAUGCGCACCCUGAAAAACGUUUUUUACGAUUUCCCCACCCCCCUCCCCCUUUUUCUCGUUUUUUUGCCAGGUCUACUCCUCUUUCUCCGGGUCACCGAGACUUUCCCUUGUAUGAACAAUUUAUCGCUGUUAAAGGAUCUUCGUCGAGUGCGAUGAAAAAUUGAUACAAAAGGUUAAUGUACACAAGAGGGCGGAGUCAGCUGCUUGACAUCCAAAACUUGAUGAAGGAAAAUCUGCCCUUAUCCACAUUUGUUUAGUCUGUCCGGUUGUGUUUAAAUUGUGCAUACACCGACCGCAGUUUUUCAGCGCUAUUGGUUAAUAACGUUUUUCUAAGAAAAAAUAGACAAAUUUGAAAAAAAAAAAAACACAAUUAAAACAUUAAAGAAAACAUGUUUAGUUUUUAAUAAUAAAGUUUUUUUGCAAGUGCCAGAAAGUCAGAAAAAUGGCCUAAUUUGAGAAGCCGUUUUUUUAGUAAGUAAAAAAAUCGUAUUUUUCUGUACUUUUCUCAUCUAUUAAUGCUGAAAGAAACUGUGUUCAUUUUAUUAAAUACAAUAAAUGGCCUGUUAUCCUCAGCUGAGACCAUACAUGGGCUAACCAACAAGUUUUAUCAUUUCUUUGUGUUUCAAUCAUGAAUCAACUACCUAGUUUAUAUAGGCAAAUUCCAAACGAAUAAUUUAUCGAGAAAAAAAAGUGGGAAAAGGAUUCAUCGGAAAGUUCCCUAGCAAAAUGAAAAAAUCGCAAAAGUCGCCAUUCGAAUUUUCGCUGGCAUUUUUUUCAUACCACCCAAUUUUUUUGGCUCAAAAAAACGUCCGGAAGCUUGAAAAUCCUAUUUUUAUGGUACGCUCAAGGAAAUAAUUAUUUUUUUAGCUCUAAAACUGUGAACGUUUAAAAAUUUUUUUUGGAUCUCAGAAAUUGACCUUUUUUUAAUGAAUUUUUCGAACUGCCUAAUAUUCGGUGAUCACAAGUAAUCCAUCCAUUGGAUGCAUUUUAAAUAGAAUUGAGAUCGAUUCAUAACUGAGUUUAUUGUCACGCGAUCGAUUUAUCGACGGCUCGGAGCGAGUAUAAGAGAUACCCGAUCAAUUUGCCACUCAAUAUAAUCGAAAAAAAGUUCAAUAAUCAAUGUGGAGAAGUUUUCACCUUCUUAAAAAGCUACAUGAAUAGGGGGGUACAAAAGUGAUAAAUACCCUGUUAACUCAUUUAUGGUGGAGACGGCGCAGUGGGAACCGGACAAGUACCUGUGAGUCUGUACUGGUGCGUAUCGUAUUUCAAUUUUUGAAAAUUAACUAUACUUUGACUUUUGUCCAGAGCUACUUUGGACUCGAAAAAAAAAUUUUUUUAAUCAAAAAUCGCUUUGAGGGAAUGGAUCACGGAAGAAUGUCGGUCUGCACUGAGGAUGGGCUGUAAAACGACAGGUGGCGAUGUCGAAAGCAUUUUGUUGAGCUACUUGUCUGGACAGAAAAUUUCGGACGUGGUGAAAAUUGAAAGGGUUCCAUGAUAUUUGAUUUUUGUACUUGAAGGACAGAGUGGCAAUGCCGGAAGUUGAUGCCGUGGACGUUGAGAAACGGCGACACGCGAUUCUCUUGCAAUCCCUUGGACCUGUGUGAGUGCGAAACUUGACAAUCCGUGCGAGUCUCCGGAACAGACGGCACAAUAAUGACCGGCCAUUUUACGAUUGUUAGCACCGUCUCAAACAUGCGUAAACUAUAAUUCAAAACAUAUUUCCUUAAAAUUCCAACUUAACAUUAGCUGUGUACGCUGCUAAUUUAGAUGGCAAGAGCUCGAAGCAAAAUUGAAGAUUUCUUCUACAAAUCAACUGCUGGCGCGGCUCACUGCCAACUUUUCCCUAAACUCGGGAAAUAUCACGGGGUUUUCGAAAAUGGAACUUCGCGCUCUCGUCAUUUCUUUAUGGAGAAUGUUUGUUCAGACUUUAUUUGAAAAUAAGAGUGUUCAAAUCGAAGUUUACAGUGUCUGUCACAUGAAUACCGAAUUUGAAGACCGACAUUUCCCAGAGAAUUGUCCAUCUCAAGAGUUUUUCGCAAUAGCCAGAGAUUUUGGGUUGGAUAUGGCUGAUUGCGAAGAACUUGUCGAUUUCGCCGUGCUCGUGAUAAACUGA